AUGCAGGCGAAUACUUCGAGGUACAAUGGCUACCUGCCCAAGCAGAUUCGGAGAAUCUUCCCCGCCUGCUUGGCCUGCCUCUUCAUUGUCUUAUACCUCUCUAUCGUGGGACCCUUUGGCGAGUUCGACAGCGAAAGACCCUUUAGGUCUGUUGCAGCCACAGGAAGAUUCCCUCAGAAGAUAUGGCAGACGUGGAAGGUCGAUUCGCUGAACUUCGAAGAUCGCGACCUAGCGCUUGCCCGGAGUUGGACGUCCAAAAACCCGGAGCAUAGAUAUGAGGUCCUGACGGACCAGAACGAUCUCUAUUAUGUCGAGACGCAUUUCGGACCGGAGGGUCUGAAUCGACCCGACAUAGUAUAUGUAUACCGAUCGCUAACUGCGAAGAUCGUCAAAGCGGACUUCUUACGGUAUCUAGUCAUGUACAUGGAAGGAGGAGUCUAUGCCGACAUUGACGUCGAAGCACUGCGUCCCAUCGAUCGAUUCAUCCCGGAACGAUACAAAGAGGCAGAUAUCGACAUGGUCAUCGGAGUAGAGGUUGAUGAACCCGAGUUCAAGGAUCACCCAAUUCUGGGCAGCAAGUCGCGCUGCUUCUGUCAGUGGACUCUAAUGUGCAAGCCCCGGCUGCCGGUCAUGUUGAGACUGAUCGAGAACAUCAUGGCCUGGCUCCAUGACGUCUCUAGACGUCAGGGAGUGCCUAUUUCAGAAAUCAAAUUGGAUUUCGAUGAGGUGAUUAGCGGUACAGGGCCUUCUGCUUUCACCGAUGCUGUUCUGGCCGAGAUGAGUGAACGGACCGGCCAGGCAAUCAUCUGGGAUACCUUCCACAACAUGCAUGAAUCUAAACUGGUAGGGGGGGUCUUAGUCCUCACUGUUGAAGCAUUUGCGGCCGGUCAAGGCCACUCGGACUCGGGAAAUCACAAUGCCCGCAACGCUCUUGUGAAGCAUCACUACCACGCUUCAUUAUGGCCUUCCAACCACCCCCGAUAUAACCAUCCGAUGUACGGUGAGGUCGAAAGAUGCAACUGGAAUCCGGCUUGUGUGAAGGAAUGGGACGAUAACACAGCGGCCUUUGACGCUCUGCCGCCAGAGGAACAAGAGAAACAGAUCGCCAUCAAGCAUGCACUGGAAGCUGCAGCGCAGGCCAACCAGCAGGCCGCAGAAGCUCAAUCACAUCCACAAUAA